GUUCGAAUUCUGGCAUGAGGUGUACGAAUUCUGGCAGGCUCGAAGCCUUCGGCGAUCGCCGCGCCACCCGAAACUUUCCCCAGAAAAUCCAAAUCGGACGGCACCUAUGGAAAGCUUAGAAUUUCGGCUACAUCGCAAGCCCAAGAAUGUAAGCCAGAAACACCGUAAAUACAUUUUAUGCGACCUUUAUUGAAAAGGUGUACGAGUUCUGGCGGUUAUACGGUAUGUCUGCUGUAGACAAAAUGGAAACUCCAGUGAAAUUUGAUUCAUCCCUGAAUACUAAGUCUGACUAAAGUCCCGAAGAGUAAAGGGAGCUCCGGCCCGCGAAGUGGGCCUGGGCCCGGGAUUUUGUGUCCGGGAUUGUGUGUCCUGGGCCUGGGAUUUGUGUGUCACGAUAGACAUUCAUCCAUAUAAUCGUAGAGUCAAAUGAGCAAAGCACAGAUUGAAGAUGUUGAAUGAAUUGAGUAUCAGAGGGACGCAAUACAUCUUGACCUCACUGUCAUACAGAGUGAUACAGAGGUGCACAUUAUGCAGUACGAGGCCUUCAGUGGAUAAAUGGCAGAGUCCAUAUCGACAAUUCACCCCUACUAGGCCAUAUUGUGUGAGGCAGAAGUUUCCAGAUCAGAAUGUGAUCUGUCAUCGAUGGUUCUCUACUACUACGAGGGGCACUCAACAGAGAAAAGCUGUGACAGAGAGAAAGACAGGCUCAGAUGGACAACAAUUAACUUUAGGAAAGAGAGUUGCACAGACAUCCAAGGAUGCAUCUUAUGCAGGUAUCAUUGUCUUGGGUGUUGGAAUCACAGGGCUAAUGUUUUACACAUUGGGGAAAGAGCUCUUCUCAUCAGAUAGUCCUAAUGGUAUUUACACAAAGGCCUAUAAAUCGUGUAAAAAUAAUGUAGAGAUUCAAGAUGCACUGGGAACACCCAUCAAAGGGUAUGGAGAAAUGACUAGGAGGAAACGUAGACGGCAUGUAAGCCAUCUUGAGUAUUCACAGGAGGGUGUUAACUUCAUGAGAAUGAAAUUCUAUUUAGAAGGACCAGAGAGGAAAGCUACUGUACACCUAGAGAUGAAACAGAAUGAGAGUGGCCGAUAUGAGUACAGGUAUCUGUUUGUUGAACUGGACGGCCAUCCCAAACGAACAAUCAUUCUCGAAGAUAACAGAUAAGACAAGAGGACAAUGGUCAAGUUUGGGAAAGUCCCACCGUACAAAAAAUGUUUUUUAAAAAUGUGGAUGUGCAUUAGCAUGAAAUGUCUUCCAGUUUCUUUUUAUAAGACAAUCCAGACCUUUUGCAUUUUCUACAGGGAAACUCUACAAUGCACCAAUUUCUUUGAAAAUGCAAGUCAAAUCACAGUGGAGAGCUGAGAGGCUUUUGUCGAAAAUUGGUGGACCGGGACAGCAUCGGAAUCUCUUGACUCUGGACAACAACAUAAUUGCAAUUAUUUGUCUGGUGCAAAUCUUCAGAUGAUCUGCUGUCCCAGUCUACCAAUUUCGACAAAAGCCUCUCAGCUCUCCAUUGUGAUUUUAAUCGCAUUUUCAAAGGAAUCAAUGCGUUGUAGAUAGUUUCUCUGUAGUAAAUGUAAAAACUACCUAUUGGCAGUCCUGGGGGAGGUAGCAGGUUGGGCUGCUCAAUAUUUUUGUACACAUGUAUGCUUGACCACAGGUUUCAAAACCACUUCACUUCGAAUCAUUAAUUUUUUUUUCAUUUGUCAAACUGAUACCCAUUUCACAUAUUUUCAUAUUUCUGUGUUCAUUUUACCCUCUUAUUGCCCCAAAUCAAGGAACACCCUCUACGUGUAGUUCCAUUUACUUCCCCUUUUCCCUUCAUUUUUUGCCUUUUUUUCCUUCAAAACAUAUUGUAAACAUUUUGAUGAGUUUGACACCCUAAAUGCACCACUCGCACAUCUCAUCUUAACCAGGAAAAGUUCCCCCCUUUUUUCUUGGAUUUUCUGGUCAUGCCUGUGUAUAACAACAUAGCGAGUAGUAACUCUCUCCCCCAUUACAUAGCAUAACUAUUUAUGUAGGGUAGAAAUGGGACAUACAACUGCAGCCAUGUUGGCUCAGUCAUUUCACCAUUGAUAUUUUCAUAGCUAAGAGAGAAAUCUAAUCUUGGUAAAGAAAAAGUGAUUCAUGUGAUAGCACAAAAGACAAAGAUGUGAAGAAAUGACCCCCAAAGAAAGACUGUAAAUUAUUGUCGAGGUUGGAAACAUAUCAGAUCUUAUGAAAGUUAUGGAUGUCAAACAACAUUAUCACCCUGGCCUAAUCCCGUCAGCCUUUCAAAGCACCCAAGCAUUUCAAAUAAUGAAUCGUGCCAGGUCCUGUUUACCUCACCUGGGUUGAGUGCAGCACAGUGGAUGAAGUUCUUGAACAAAAUAAUUGUCAUGAGUGCUAAUAUAAUGAAACUGCUGAAAUCUAUGUUAAACCCAAAUUAGCAGAGCUGUUUAGGAGAUCUAUAGUGACAAAAUUAGAGGGGGCAGCUCUUGCACUUGCCAUGUACCUAAAUAUCAUUAGUUUGCAGUUUGCUUUCCCUUUGGAUCAGCAAUUAACAAUCAAACAAAAAAAUAUAUUUUAGUUAUUUCAUGUAUUAAAGGAACGAUGGAGCAAAGUUUCUAUUUUCAAUGAACACCGAUUCUAAUUCUAUAAAAAAAAUUAUUCAAAUUAUAUUAUGUCUGCUUAUACCCCUUUUCUCUAUUUUGUUAACAUGAUAAUUCAAUACUUUUUUUUGUAAUUUCAAAUGUGAAAACCAUGCACUGAUAUGUCCAUCUUCAUCUGAUGUAAAAUGAAAAUGAAUUGUGGUGUAACUCAAAUUUUUGAAAGAGUGUAUACCAUUUUAUAGCAAUCAAAUUGUUUUAUAUUCAUAAAAAUAUUAAGACAAUA